AUGCCGGGUCGUCUGCUGAGCACCCUCGUCCGGGCGGCGCCUUCUCCAUUGCCUAGAUCCGACGCGGUCAAAUCACACACCACCCCGCUCUUCCCCCCGGUCUAUUCCUUCGAGCCCCCGCUCAAGGAAAAGGAAAAAGAAAAAGAGAAGCGAAAAUCCCAGGACUCGCUGGUCAUGGAUAUCUUCAGCCGCCACAAGCACGACAAGCACCAUGACGACCACAAGAAGAGCCCCAAGGUGGAAGCCCAGGGUGUGGCCUCGAUGAACAUGAGCGUCGAAUCCCCGCCUAUUGUCUUCUUCAACAGCCCGCAAUCCUCGACUGGCGCCAUCUUUUCCGGUCAGCUGGUCAUCAACAUCCAUGAGCCCCAUGUGACUGUCGAAAAAUUCGAAAUGCGCCUCCUGGCCAUUGUGAGCACCAAGAAGCCAGUUGCGCCACACUGCCAGGAUUGCACCUCGCAAACUACCGAGAUCCACAAAUGGGAGUUCCUCUCCCAUCCUACCUCUCUGCGUCACGGCCCACACAAUUUCCCCUUCAGCCACCUGCUGCCGGGCCAUUUGCCCGCUACCACGCACGGAAGCCUAGCCUCGCUCGACUACUACCUGUCGGCCGUAGCGACCACUUCGUCGGGCAAAAUCACCUACAAGCGUAACAUCCAAGUCAAACGUGCCAUUUUCCCGGGAAACGAAAAGCUUUCCGUCCGCAUCUUCCCACCCACCAAUCUGACGGCAACGGUCAAGUUGCCGCCCGUCAUCCAUCCCAUCGGUGACUUUCCCAUUGAGAUGCGUCUAGCCGGCAUCGUCCAGAACAAGGCCGACUCGCAAACCCGAUGGAGGCUGCGAAAGCUCAACUGGCGCAUCGAAGAGACGCAAAAAUUCAUUGCCCCUGCCUGCACCAAGCACAUUUCAAAGGUGGGCGGCCAAGGCAAGGGCAUUCUGCACGAGGAUAUUCGCGCCAUUGCCAAUGAAGAGGUCAAGACUGGCUGGAAGACCGACUUUGACAAGGGCGAGAUUGAUGUCGAAUUCAACGCUGCCUGCAACGUCGCUUUGAAGCCGCUCUGCGAUGUAGACAGCCCAAGCGGUAUGAGCGUCAAGCACAAUCUCGUCAUUGAAAUGGUCGUUGCUGAGGAGUGGGCUCCUCUGAAGAAACUCAGUCAGGCAACACCCACUGGCGCCGCCCGCGUCCUCCGCACCCAAUUCCACCUCGUUCUCACCGAGCGCUCUGGCAUGGGCAUCGCAUGGGACGAGGAGCAGCCGCCCGUCUACGAAGACGUUCCCGCUAGCCCACCUACCUACGUCGACGAUUGUGAAUUUCCAAUUUCCAAUGCCAGUUCGCGCUCUGCCAGCUUUAGCUUGUGA